AUGACGGACGCCGCCGUCCCCGCGCCCCGCUCGCGCGCGAACGACGAACACGACCUCGGUCCCGUGAGCGCCACGCCCGCCCUCAUGGUCGAGCGCUUUCUCGAUUUCGCCGACGUUUCUUCGUCCGACCUCGUCUUCGACCUCGGCUGCGGUGACGGCCGCGUGUGCGUCGCCGCGUCCGAGCUGCGACGCGCGCGAUCGGUCGGGGCGGAGAUUGAUCCAAAAGCGCUCGCGAGCGCGCGCGCGAACGUCGAGCGGGCGAACACGAAGAUUGGGAGCGCGUUGGCGGAGAUUAGAGCGACGAGCGCGUUCGACGUCGACGCGAGCGAGGCGACGGUGGUGUUCUCGUAUCUCUUACCGAAAGGAAACGCGCGGUUGGGGGAGAAAUUAUUGAGGGAAUGCGCGCCGGGGACGAGGGUGGUGACGUACGUGUUCAAGAUGCCGGAUGAGGAGUGGGGCACGCGGUUGGUGAAGUCGGAGGCGUUUUCGUCGACGCGAGAGCGGAAGAGCGGAGGCGUGGACGCAUCGGCGUACAAUAAGCUGUACCUGUACGUCGUUUAG